AUGACCGCAUUUUCCACGAUUCUCGUUUUAUUACUAAUGUUAACAUUUGUCUGUGGAUUAUAUAGUAUACGAGAAUUUCGUUAUAUGUAUAAGAGAUUAACGGGGAGUUUAUAUGUCUUAUCUGCUGCCGCUCUUCUUGUCUGUAUUGAAGUACUCAACAAUGUUGUUCGCCAUGGAAAAGAAACUUUACCUGGUUUCUAUCCAAGAGAUGCAAAACAUUCAUACAAUUUAUGUUAUGUAUUGUCGUGGAUUAUAUUUAUCAGUUUGAUCAUUAUGGCAUUUUUAUUUUUUGCUUGUGGUAGAAAACUGAAAGGUACAUUUGAUUCAGCCACAGAAGAAGAGGGAGCAUCGAACAGACCAGUUUUACUAGGCCGAUCAAGUUUUCAUUAG